AUGUCAUCGAAAAGCAAUAAUAAACGUAGAGAAAUACCAAAAGUGUUACGCGAUCGCUCAGAUGAUAAAACUUAUAAAGUUAUGAGAUUUUUUGGCAAAGGUGGGUUUGCAAAUUGCUACGAAAUAGUGGAUAUGGCGGGAAAUGAAGUCUACGCUGGUAAAAUUAUUUCGAAAAAACUAUUAAUGAAAAAUGAUCACAAAGAGAAAAUAGCGCAAGAAAUUUCCAUACACAGGUCUUUGAGUCAUCCUAAUAUCGUAAAAUUUCAUGGAUUUUUCGAAGACAAUUAUAAUAUUUAUAUCGUUUUGGAGUUAUGCAAAAACAGAUCUAUGAUGGAAUUGCAUAAACGACGAAAGGCCUUAACUCCUUAUGAAUGCCGCUAUUAUAUAUAUCAAAUCAUCCAGAGUGUGAAGUAUUUGCAUGAAAAUUGCAUAAUACAUCGCGACUUAAAAUUAGGAAAUAUAUUUUUAAACGAUACCCUACACGUGAAGAUUGGAGACUUUGGUUUGGCCACACGUGUCGAAUAUGAGGGCCAACGUAAGCAGACUUUGUGCGGCACACCGAAUUACAUAGCACCGGAAAUUCUCACCAAAAAAGGACACUCUUAUGAAGUCGAUAUUUGGUCAAUUGGUUGCAUUAUGUACACUUUAUUAGUUGGCAAACCGCCAUUCGAAACCAGAACGCUUGUGGACACCUAUUCAAAAAUUAGGAAAUGUGAUUACAGAAUGCCAAGUUACAUAAGUAAAUCGGCGUCUGACAUGAUUGUUUCAAUGCUGAGGUUAAAUCCCAGCGAUCGACCCACUAUUCAUCAAUUGCUGCAAUUUGAGUUUUUAAACAGCGUGCCGGUCCCAAAGUUUUUGCCCACGUCUUGUCUGACAAUGUCACCACGUCUCGAAACAAAGAGUACCUCAGCAUCUGAGAUGGAUAAUCAAAGAAAGCCUCUAGUCGAAAUAAAUGCCGUACGUGACGAUGAUACGUACGAAUCCACUUUUCUUAAAAACAACUUGCAAGACGCGAUUACCACAUGGGUUAGCGCUUAUCAGUGUAAUGAGGAUUAUCACGUUGAUAUAGAAAGCUUAAAUCAACAAUUGACGAAACUUAUUGAAGCCAAACCCCGUAUAUUACCCAGAAAUUUAUGUGAAGAAAAUACUGAUCCUGCUGCUCGGCCAUUAUUUUGGAUAUCAAAGUGGGUGGAUUACUCCGAUAAAUAUGGUUUUGGUUAUCAAUUAUGCGACGACGGCAUUGGUGUUAUGUUCAACGAUGCCACCACGCUUAUUCUAUUGCCCAAUGGAAUUAAUGUGCACUACAUCGAUAAGGAAGAAAAGGAGACGUACAUGACGAAUAAAAAAUAUUGCGCGAGUUUAGAGAAGAAAAUGAAAUUAUUGUCAUGUUUUAAACGUUAUAUGAAUCAAAAUUUAGAAAAGGCUGGCGCAAAUAAUAUUAAUCUUGAAGAUGAUCAGAUAUCACGUAUGCCGCAUUUGCACUCAUGGUUUCGUACUACUUGUGCGCUAAUCAUGCAGUUAACUAAUGGUACAACACAGAUAAAUUUUGCGGAUCACAUCAAAAUUAUUUUAUGUCCACGUAUGAGCGCUAUCACUUAUAUGGACCACAAAAAAACUUUUCGCACAUACCUGUUCCCGACGAUUAUGAAGCACGGUUGGUCUAACGAUUUAUAUCAGAAAGUCGUUUACGUACAGAUGAAACUUCGUAAGAUAUUGGAAAAUAUGUGCACUUAA